CUCGCCCAUGAGCUAGCCUUUGGGUUUAGUUGAGUUGGGUUGGAUAGGAUAAGAUUCUAGCCCGUCUGUUUCCCUCACUGCAACACGCGCUCGCGCCACCGUCACUUUCCCUCCAUCCAUGGCGGCCCUCUGUUCAAUCUCAAUCUCUCCUCCUCCUCUCAUCCCCAAACCCCUCCUCCCAAUCCCAUCAUCAUCAUCAUCUCCACAUUCCCCUCCAUUUCUCACCAACUUAAAAAAAAACCUUUUCUCCCGACCCCUCAAAACUGGACCCAUCAAUUCAGCAUCGCCGUCGUCCUCCACCGCCACCGCCACCGCUGCUUCUGCCGCCGAAGACGACGACGAUGAGUCGAUGAGCAUCGACGCCCUCCACCGCUUCAUCCACCUCAACCUCGGCAAAUGGACCGGUUCUUUCCACCAAUUCGAUCCAGCAGGGACUUUGAUGCAUAGCGUGAGCACGAAGCUCGCUGUAAGCUCCUACGGUGAAGAUGAGCUCAUCAGUUUAAUUCAAACGUUAUACAUCAAACAACCCCCAUUGUCAACCACUUCAAUAGCCGGAGAUGCAUAUGAGCCGGAAUGGUAUGAGUACAAAAUUAAGGAAACCAACAUGUUUACUGUAGACAAAUAUCAACAGAUUGGAUUCUUUCCCAAAGAAAAGGCAUUUUCACUGCGGUACCAGACAGCAGGCAUGUUGGAAACUUUGUUGAGACAAGGCGUGCUAGGUGAAGAUGACAAUGAAGAAGAAUCACCCAAAAACCUGAAGAUUCCCUCUCGUCGUCCUUCUAUAGUAUGUGAGAAUUGCCUUUAUUCCUUGGAGAAAGAUAUGCGGGCAAGAGCAUUCCAUAUAUUGGAUCCGAAAGGAAUUGUAGAAAUGUUUCUUAUUUUCGUUGAAGAAAGAGGCGGUGCGGAACUUAUUCCUCCUUCUUUUGACAAUUCUGAGGACAACAUGAGCAGGUUAAUGCCAUAUCUUGGUAAAUGGGAAGGCCAUUCUGUAACAAAGCGAAGUGGUGUUUAUGGAGCAACAAUUGCUGAAGCUGAUACAAUUUCUGUGCUAGAAAUUGACGAUGAGGGUCAGCUAAUUCAGAAUAAUAUUUCCACAUCCAUUGGAGGAGAUGUCACAAAUAAUAUACUGUGGAAGGGUACCAUGUCCAACAACUUGAUCAAAUUCGAUGAUGGCGAUUUCCAGGUGGCCUUAUUGCCUGGGGGAAUGUACAUGGGAUGCCCUUCUGAUGUGGCAAAGAGCAUAGCCGAAUACUAUUCAUUCCAUUUGGAGUUCUGUUGGCUCCAGUCUCCUGGAAAGAGACAGAGACUAGUUCGCACAUACGACAAGGAGGGCAUGGUAGUCUCUUCGACUUAUUUUUCUGAAACCAAAUUGUGAGUUACCUUCACCUAACUGUAAAUUUCUUUUUGCCAAUGUAUGGAGGAUUCUUUUUAAAAUGUAUCAUGAAUUAGCUCUACUGAUGUACUGUUCUUGUUGAACUGUAUCAUUGUAAUUGAAUGAUCAGACUGAAACAUUGAUUUAUUGUCUAUGAAAUCAACAAAAAGGGUAUCUAUAAUUUUUG